AAGCUGUCCGAAGCAUGGACCGAAAGUUAAAGACUGUAACUGCUUAGGAAUGAUGUGGCUGAUGAAGUCUAUUAAUAAAGAAGAGGCCGAGAGAUGUUUCAAAAAGAACGAUGUAAAGAAGGGUGUUCAGGCACCACAGACCAUAUGCAGAGAACUUCUCGAUUACCAAAAAAAAGAAUAUACAUGUCAGAAAAUACUACCAGAGGAAAGCUUUGUGGAAGUACAUUUCCAAGAAAGUAAUCCAGCCAAUUUAGAAGAUAUACUUCUAUGGGCAUUGUAUGCUAACAGGCCUGAAAUCGCAGAAACAGUUUGGCUAAGGGGGAAAACCAACUCAGUAUUGACUGGCUUGGUUUGCUACGAAACAUUACGGAAAUUGUCCGAGGAAGCUGAUAAUGUUAAGGAACAGAAUCUUUCAAAAGACCUGAUGGAACAUGCACAAAUGUUUUACAAAAGAGCAUUAGAAAUACUUGAUUCCAUGUUUGAAACCGACUCCAAAAAGACUCUAAAGGUUCUGGAAGACCCUGUCACAAUCUGGGGAAUAACCAGCAAUCCUUUGACCUUUGCCUACGAAAAUUUCAUGUAUGAGUUCGUGGCAAAGCCGGCCAGUCAGAAGAAUCUUAACAAAACUUGGUACAGCGGUCAAGCACCACAUCUUAUUCCUUGUAUUAAGUCUGUAUUCAAUAAACCAGGCAAAGUAUUGACAUCUCCACUGUCAAAAUACGUCUUCAAAUGUUGUAUGUAUUAUAACAGUUUUUUGUUCUUGACUACGCUGGUCAGUUACAGCGCCUUUGUAACGACAAGUAUUGGUACAACUUAUUACGUCCGAGACAUAGCAAGAAUAUUUGAAUAUUACGUCUAUUUCUGGGGAUUUGGCGAUUUGCUGGAAGAAUUUUUCAGUUGCUUUGGAAUAUUUCACGACUCAGCCAUUGAAGGAAAAUCCUACCGCAGUUACACAACUAUUGUAAAGCGUUACUUAAACAAUUUUUGGAAUCAAGUUGACAUUCUGUCCUAUAACUUGUUGAUCACUGCCCUGUGGGUACGACACUUUUACGAAUCCCAAAUUGAAACCUUCACGAUAUCUCGAAGGGUGUUUUCCCUGUCGUUACUCAUCAUGUAUCUCCGUUUUCUAGAAGCAUUUCUUAUGAUUAGAUCACCGGGUCCUACUUUGAUCAUGAUAAAAGAAAUGCUCAAGGACCUGUUUGGAUUUAUCAUCCUGCUUUUCAUUGUGAUUCUUGGUGUUGGGUUUUACUACCACGCUAAUCUUUGGCCGGACCAUGUAUAUUUCUGGGAGGGAAGGUGGACCGACUGGAGGAUUUGGAAGGUCAUCUGCUAUCCUUAUUGGCAGCUCUACGGAGAAACAUUCAACGAUUUCUUAGAAGGAAAUUCCGGACCCUGUGCCGAGGACUGUACAGUAACUAACUUUACGGUGUCUUCCCACGGCUCUGGAGACAGAUGUCCACAGGAGGACUGGACAGUGGGUGCCGUGUCUGCUCUGUACAUGCUCUUCUCAAACCUGCUGCUUGUUAAUCUGGUCAUUGCUAUGUUCAGCUCUACCUACGAACGAGUGACGGCUAAUGCUGAGAAUCUAUGGCGAUUUCAACGAUACACCGUGAUUAUGAACUACAAAUACAGAGUCCCCUCUCCGGUAAAUUUGGUGUACACGGUGUACAGGAUAUACCGAUGUAUCAAGAGUGGAUCCUGUAGGAAGUAUCGUUUGUGCUGCUGCUGUGCAUACGGGGGACCUAACAAAAACAAGAAAAAAGAGAAGAAAAUAAAGAAACAGGAACUUCGACAAAAAUUCCAGAGAAUAAUGGCGCAUAGAGUGUGUGAUCAACUUCACUUGACGAACUAAAAACAAAUCAAACAUCAGCUGGCAAAUUUUUUAUGUCAUUGUAAACUUUACUGAGAUUCAUUCUCACUAUAGUUUU